GAAGGAUAUAAUAUUAAUUAUUAUAGUUUUGGCUUUUGCCAUCUGGACGUUACAGCUACUACAUAGCAGGCAAUCUCUACAUACAGGCAGUUGUUUCUUCACAGGAAAGGGGAGAUCUUCAUGAUGUUGUCCACUCAAUUAUUCCUGGCUGGCCUUAUGGCGUGUGGAAGCACAAGCCUACCCGUUGAGAAGCCUACAGUGGUCUCGGAGGAUGGGAAGUACAGCGGGGAAGUGCUUGUGGGUCAGACUAUCGUUCUCACCUGCAAAACUGCCUACACCUCGGGUGUCAGCUACAAAUGGUAUCUAGACGAUGCUGCUAUAUCAGACACGACAGCUACAGUGAGCGUCAGUGGGACAUCCAACCUCAACAAAAACUACAAGUGCACUAUAACCGUUGGAGGUGAUGAAUCAGCAAAAUCCGAUGCCUUCAACGUCGUUGCCUACGAGACAUCUGGAACCGUUUCCAAAAAGCCGAUUAUAACCGGAAAGCGAACCGCGGUGACGGCUGCCAGUAAGGAAGUGACGUUGCUAUGUGGCAACUUGCCCAAAGAUACCUCGGAAACUAUCGCAUUCCUUGCCGGAACUGCUGCAGCAGACGUUGUGUCUGUGUCUGUGGUUGGUCCCAUGAAGCCAGUCGCCGGCCAAUCAGUGACGUUCACGUGUCAGGUCGAGAAAGGCGGCAGUGCCGCCAACCCCACGUACGUGUGGAAAGACGAUGGGGCAGCGAUCAACGGGCAGACCAGCUCUACCUACACCAUCGCCACGCCGUCGGCAAGUACCGCCGGCCACAACGGAGUCCUGACAUGUGAGGCGACUAUAGGGAGUGAGGCAGCCACGGCUUCCGCUGGUCUCACAGUGGCAGUCACAGCGACCCCCGACGCCCCGAGUUUGAGUUCUUCUGCGGCAUCAGACAUCAUCAGAAGCGGUGGCAGCUACACUCUCACCUGUGCCUCCACAUCCCACGUGACUGCAGCUGUGUAUGAGUGGAAGUUCACGGUUACAGGGGGAUCAGAGGUCACGCUGGCUGGAUCUUCCAUGACCUAUACCAUCUCAAACGCCAUGACAAGCAAUGCUGGAGCUUACAAGUGUAAGGUCACCGUCGGUUCUCAAGCCUCCAGCCACAGCCCCGCCUUAACCAUAACCUAUUCUGCCACAAAGGGCCUGCCUUGUACAGCUAUAGCCACCUGUAGUUCUCAGGACAUGACGGCCUACACAGGCAACUGCAUCGCUGGCUACUGUGAGUGUGCUUCUACAGGCACGCUCAACGCGGACGGAUGCACAUCAUCCAGCACCAAGAUGGCUGUCUCUUUCCUCCUUCUUCUCCUCGGCCUUCUGGGAAUACGCCUGAUGUAAUUUCCGGUGGACAAUCUUUACAACAGUUGGAUUAAGAAAAUUAAAGAAAUUUGAAAAUCCGUCAAGAGAAAAGGGACCACAGCGACCCAAAACCGAGCAACUGUGUGUCCGCUUUGUCCAGUGGAGUACGGGAGGGGAAAAAACCCGACACUCCUAAAGAUCACAAACCUUCUUUUAUUCUCAAUGUUGGGACGUUUAUUCUCAAAAGAAUAUUUUGUUUGAUAAGAUAUUAUGCCUUGAUCAUUCUACAUAAUUUAUGAAA